ACAAAUGCGCUCGAGUGGGAAGAUUGGGAAGCAACGUCCAUUAACUUAGAGAGCUGAGUUUGUGUUGUGAUAUCCGCUGUUUUAUAACGAGCCAGCAAUCGUAAAAAUAAUAGUGUUAAUAAAAAUUGUUUGUGUUUGUGUAAAAUAUUUAUAAUACCUGCUCCCAUUCACGCCGGUUGGAGGCCGGACACUGGAUGUCCACGUGGGAGUGGGAUCGCAACAAUACUAUUUUAUGAAGAAGAUAAUAGUUUUAUUUCCAAAUCUAAUUAAGAAAACAAGUCUUGGAUUACAGCAUGGUUCAUAAUCAGACCAAGCUGUAAUCAUCCGAAUCGAGCUGGCUAAAUGCACCUAUCUGGAAGCAAAGGUCAAGAACUUUGAGUGAAGUGAGUGAACUUCGAGAGCUAGAGAGAGGUUAAGUUUAUAGAAGUUAUAAAAAUUCAAGAGAAGAUAAGAUAAUUAUCAAGGAAAUACAUUUCCACAAUGAAUUCAUUAACCUGUCACACUUGUAUGGUAUUAUUCCAAAAUGCAGAAAUACACAAACAGCAUUUCAAAACAGAUUGGCAUCGGUAUAAUCUUAAAAGAAAAAUUGCAGAACUGCCUCCUGUUGCAGCAGAAGAGUUUCAGACAAGAGUGUUGAACCAAAGAAAUGCCGAUGAUGUUUCUAAAAGAAAUGAAGACAUAUAUUGUUCAUCUUGCCAAAAGUCGUUCCACAAUCAGAAUUCAUUUGAGAAUCACUUGAAUUCAAAAAAGCAUAAGGAUAAUGAAUUUAGGAGUGCUCAUAGUUCCGAGAAUGGAAAUGAUCAGGAAGUUGCAAGUAACAUGGAAGAUGACCCAGAAGUUGAAGAAGUUGAUUCUGAUGAGUGGGAAGACGAUACCGAAAAUCCCAUAGAUAAUAAUGACUGCAUUUUCUGUUUGCACCACAGUCGUAACUUCUUGAAAAAUUUAGAACAUAUGACUGUUGCCCAUUCCUUCUUCAUACCAGAUAUUGAAUAUUGCACAGAUGUGGAAGGUCUAUUGAAAUAUUUGGGGGAGAAAAUAUCUGAUGGAUUCAUGUGCUUAUGGUGCAAUGAAAAGGGUAAAACCUUUCAUUCGGCUGAUUCGGCCAGGCAGCACAUGUUGGACAAAGGACACUGCAAAAUGAUUCAUGAAGGUGUGGCCUUAGCAGAGUAUGCAGACUUUUACGAUUAUUCCUCCUCUUAUCCUGAUGCUGAACACGACAUCGAUCCAGAUGAAGAGGUCUCUGUAGAUGAACUGGAUACUUCUGACUACCAACUGGUGCUACCAUCUGGAGUCACAGUUGGGCACCGAAGCCUCAUGAGGUACUAUAAACAGAGCUUAAAUCCAAACCGAGCUGUUGCAGUUCCGUCAAAUAGUAAAAAACUGCAUAAGGUACUGGCUCAGUAUAGAUCGUUGGGUUGGACAGAGACUCAACAAGUAGCAGCUGCCAGGAAAGCUAGGGAUAUCCAUUAUCUCAAAAGGAUCCAGUCGAAAUAUAAGAUGAAAAUGGGACUAAAGAACAACCAAAUUCUCCAGAAACACUUCAGAAGACAAGUUCAGUUUUGAAGUAUUUUUAUUAGUUCUAUAAUUUAUGUUGAUACUCUAUAAUUAGGUGAAACAUAUUUUGGUUAUCCACAUCAGUUUGUUCUACACAUGAUCAGGUAUUUUAUGGAGAAAGUUUGAGAAAGUGUUUGUUUUAUAUUUUAUGUAAAAAUAAAAAUGUAUAAAAAUAUAUUUUGGAAAA